UUUUGAAGUUCAAUCUUAAGACGACGCUGUCCGUGACCGAUCAUUCUACACGGUCUACCACGACGUGCCACAACUAACCGUAGCUUGGCGACCGUAAACUCGUUCGUGAUCUCGAAAAUCUAUCGAUGUCGGGUUUUGUGGUGAAUCGUAGUUUUUGUAAUAAUCUUGAAAUCCAGACCGGGUACCUAUAUCAGCUAAGAACAGUUCGCUAGUUGUUUUCAAAAUGUAAGUAUGCAUACAUAGAUGUGAAGAUACAAGGUUACAAAUUCAAAUCAUGGUAUUAUUUCUACGUAUUUUCAUAUGCAUAAGUUUUUUUGUCUUUAAUACGUUUACCUUUUGUAAAAGUAUUGUUAAAACUGAAACUAGUUUCCUAACAACCGUUCAAUUGCCUGCAAAUGUCAAUACUGUCAAUACCAAAGUUCCAUCUGCAGUAUGGCCACAAAUCCAAUUUUUAAACCCAACACGCGAUUGGAACUUCAAAUCAGAACAUAAUAAUAAUUUAACAUUCCAUGAUUCAACGACAGUAAAAAAUGUUUCAAAACGAUUGGCGAUCGUUUUGAACAAAAACUUAACCACGACAAAUCGAAACAACUCUAACCUUAUCAAGACUAACCAUACAACCGCCACAAAACCAAAAUCGCCGAAAUCUGGUAAUUCUACAACCAAGCCGCCACUCAAUGUCACGAAACCUACGAAAUUCGGACAGAAAAAUAAUUUGAAAUACAGUAACGUUACGAUUUGGCCAAAGCCCGACAAACGGCUGAGCAUAACUGUACAAAAAACUGCCAAUGUCAACACAUCGAAUCACACAGACGAAAUCGAAGUCAUGCCGGACUUCAAAACUAAAUAUCCAAUCAACAAAUGGAAAGAACACGGGUUCUACACGGACGAUUACAUGAAUUUAAUCAAUAUUCAUUGGUUCAAAUUCGAGCCACCCAAUGCUACGUCACACUACAUUCUCGGUUUACUGUACACCGUCAUCAUGGUACUCGGUUGUUUCGGAAACUCACUAGUGAUUUUCAUGUACAUCAAAUGUAAAUCGUUGCAAACGCCCGCCAACGUGUUGAUAAUGAAUUUGGCGGUCAGCGAUUUCAUUAUGCUAGCGAAAACACCGGUGUUCAUCUACAACAGCUAUUACCAGGGUCCUACGCUAGGAAAACUGGGCUGUCAGAUCUAUGGAUUUUUUGGUGGUUUGACGGGAACUGUGUCCAUCAUGACAUUAGCCGCUAUAUCGUUAGACCGGUAUUAUGUCAUAGUGCACCCUCUUAACGCGGCCGUUAAAACUACCAAACAGCGGGCAAGGGUGUGGAUAGGUCUGAUAUGGAUAUACGGGUUCUUGUUUUCAAUCAUACCGGUAAUGGAUCUGGGGUACAAUCGAUACGUACCGGAAGGAUACCUAACUAGCUGCAGCUUUGACUAUCUGACGGACGACAACCAAGAAAAAGGAUUCAUCCUGGUGUUCUUUACGGCGGCGUGGUGCAUACCGUUCACCACGAUAUCGUACUGUUACGUGAAAAUACUGAGGGCGGUUUGGAUGACUAGUGAAAUGACUGCUAGCCGGUAUGGUCAGGAGGAGGAAAAGAGGAAGACGGAGAUAAGACUGGGAUACGUGGUGGUGGGGGUUAUCAUGCUGUGGUUCGUAUCGUGGACACCGUACGCUAUGGUAGCCCUAUUGGGCGUAUUCGAUCAGAAAGAAUACAUCACUCCGCUAAGUUCGAUGAUCCCGGCGUUGUUCUGCAAAGCGGCCAGCUGCAUGGACCCUUGGAUAUACGCCAUCACACACCCGAGGUUCAAAAACGAAUUGACAAAACUGAUGUCGAAGAAGAAGACCAGGAAAUUGGAGCGGGAUUACGGCAUGAAGAAGAGCUGGGGGGGUCAGUCGCAUUCCAACAAGAGUGGCGCGGGUCUCAGGAACUUUUCGAGCUCCGAAGACGAGUGCGUUGAAGAAGUGAUCGUCGUAAUCGAUCCGGACGACAAGAAGAUGAUACGGCAAGGAUCCACUUCCAGUCACAAGACCGAAGAGACCAAAGCGCUGGAAACGAAAUUCCCGCCCACCAGGCAGGAGAGUCUGAAGUACAUGCCGCCCAGCUGGUACAAGCUCCCGCGGACUACGUCUAAGAGCAGCAUUAUGCUAGACGCCAAACUUACAGGAGACGAUAACAAUAAGUAAUAACGUUCUUGUAAAGCUUGCCAACGAGCCCACGUUGAAUUUGAAGAUUUUAAAUGAUAAACGCUGUGAUUAAAAUGCUAGUCUAUAUAUUAUUAUUAUUAUUAUUAUAUUAUGUAUAAACAUAUUAUAUAAUCUGAUCUCACACUUGUGUUUAAGGAAAAUUUACAAACAUGUAAUUUGAAAACGCAUACAUUUUUUGUUAUAAUCGUAAAUAUUUUAGGUGCUUAUUUGUACGCAUUUCUGGUGUAGAAUUAUAAAAUAUUGGCGUGCACUCUAUCACCGCAUGACGGUUUAUUAUUCGGUAUAAUAUAAUAAACCAUGAUUUUUAUCUUA